UGAAAGUUCGCUUUCCGCCACAUGUCCGCCAUAUCUACUACAUUUUCUUCUAAUACUGACGUUCAAUAUUAUUUCGUAUUAGAUAGAAGUGUUGUGUAAUAUUUUGUUGUUAAUUUAAUUAAUUUUUAGUUUAUAAUAGUCACGACCCUGGAUGCACGAAGUGAGGAUGGAGUCGCCGAGAAAAUUUAAUGACUGUUACUUCUACUAUUAUUCUACUUGCACUAAGGGUGAUAACUGUGUGUUUCGCCAUGAGCCUUCGGCCCUUGGAUGCGAAACAAUGUGCACAGCUUGGCAGCAGGGCAAGUGUCUAGAUAAACACUGUAAACUCCGUCACAUGGAACUAAGGAAAAACCGUAAGCAAAUCCCCUGUUACUGGGAGAACCAGCCAGGAGGCUGCCGCAAGAAGCACUGCCCAUUUAUGCACAAGAACCCAGAUGCUCGCACUGAUGGCAUAGCCCCAAGUCAGCCAAUACCUGUUGCUACCAGCCCCGCCACCAGCAGCAUACCAGAAGCGAGCGCAGAGCAGGCCCUCACCGGUGUGCCAACACCCAAUGUGCCUCCACCAGCCGCUGUUCCGUUGCUGUGGCAGCAACAGCGCCAAGUGGUGCUCGACUCCGCGAUCCUCGGCGUGCUGCCCGCGUCCACAGACCUCCUGGGCGGGCGGCGCGUGGUGGCCCACGCCCACACGCACGCCCACGCGCACCCGCACGCCCACGCGCACGCGCACUCCCACGCCCACGAGCCGUACGCACCCCACGCGCCGCUGCCCGUCGACCCGCUCGUGGUCAACUUCGAGGAAGAGUCGGACAACGAGAGCGCGCCUUCCACUACUCCCACCAAGGGCGAAGUCUUCGACGACCCUUCGCGAAUAGCUCGCUCCAAGUCCCAGGAACUGCUGCUGCUGGAAAAGAUACAAGCCGAAGCCGCCGCCUUUUACAACUACGACUCUCUCCCACCGGCCGAACCGCCUAAAGAACGAAAAAUAGUCCGCACCAACCUCACUAACAAAUACGACAAACUGACCCUCGACGAGAUCGCAGGUAAGCAACCGGCCACGGAACGAAGGAACUCGUUGGACUUCAAAGUUCUAUCUCUUGAUGAAAUCAGGGCCAGAAAAAAAGUGUCCGAAACAAUAAUACACACUACGCCUAUAACGCUAAAUUUAAGUAGGAAGAGAAAAUUGUCCACCCAAGAGACGAUAACGACGUCGGGCAAUAAAAUGAUUAAAUUAGUUAGGAGCAAUUCGAUAGUUUAUAAGAAGGUGGAUAAGAAUGCGCCUGCGCAACCGAGUCAGACUAAAUCGGAUGGUAAAAAGACAGAUGAAGUUAAUAGUAGAAAGAGAACGUUAUCAGAACAGAGUGAUGUGUAUGAAAUGCAAGAAGAUGAGCUAGUCGAUAAUUGUUACGAGUUUAAAAGAAUCAAAAUUGGAGAGCAUACCUCCAAACCUCGACUUAUUAGGAGUCGUAGCACAAACAAAUCAAUCAGCGAAAGUAAAGACGAUGACUAUUGUAGAACAGAUCAAGACUCGGAUACAGAUGUACAAUUUGUUAGCGUGGAGUUAACAGAAAAGUGUUUUGAUGAUAAGAAUUCUGACAGUGAUAUUAUAGAAGUGGAAACUACAAGAAUGGGCGAGCCAGUCGAUGUUGUAGAUCUGUGUGAUGAACAGGAAGACAAUGAGAUUACAAUCGCCGAUUUAGACCUAGAUUUAGUUAAGAAUGUUCCAGACGUAGUCGCCAGUUGUCGCAAUGUAUUAACUAAACCUGACGAUGAUAAAGACAUUUUAAGCGAUAUAGAUGCUAUCCUGGAGGAUUUAUGAUCGUAGAUUAAUUCAUAGGGCUUAACACAAUAUAGGUUGUAAAACGUGAUUUAGUUCAAACUGUAAAUUAUUUCAAUUACCUACGCCUUAUUAUAUAUUAUAAUAGCGAUUUGGUAACAAUUUUUACCAAAAGACAUGUUAUUAGUGGUACUACGUUACGUAGAUUUUUUUUAGUUUAGUGUUUCUAAACUAUUUAACAUUUUGAUAUUAUUGAAUGACGACAUCGUUUUGAAAAAGCUGUGCGAUAUUCGUAUGAGAGCGUGAUUAGUAUUUAUUAUUAUUUUUCGUAUAUAAGCACAUUAUUAGAUGGGUAGAUUAAUUUGUUCUUAAAAAUUAAACUUGUGUUUUCUGUGUUUUGAAGGCUAUUUUCUAAAUAAUGUAAAAUGUAA